UCUUGCAUUAAAGGCGUGCCUGGAGAAAACCGUAGAGGAAUUGCAUUGAUAUUGCAGUCACUGGGUCACCUGCCUGGUUUGGUGACAGCGGUGGAAUCAUGUCGUUCGCACCCUAUGCUGCAGUUGCAGCAAUCUCGGCCUCCCUUGGCGCUGUGCUUGGCUCGGAGAAGGUCCAAGUCUAUGGGGCCUUGGCAAAGGUGAAAGGCUGGUUGGGCUUCAAGGCAGCUGCUGUGGACCUCACGGAGCCAUCUGCAGUGCUGGCAGAAGCCUUGAACUUGGCAAAGGCAACGCCCCAAGAUUGCGGAGUGCUCUCCACGCGACAGCUGCGAGGUGGCGUAGCUUCAAGGAUGGUGCAGUUAAAGGAUGUGUGGCAGCUUUAGGCAGAAUAUGUGCGGGGCAGCACGCGCCCACAUCCCAAUGGGGCAUGAUGCUGCUGCACGCACGUCAGGAGUUUAGCGAGCUCAAGAGUGAUCCCAGCUGCGCGUUGCUCUACUGGAACCCGGAAACCUUGACCUACGUGACCUUUCAGGGGCGAGCAGAGGAAAAGUCGCCUUCAGAGGGAAACAACUUUUGGAGGGAAUGGAUGCAGAUUCUGUACAAGGAUCCAAAGCUGUACACUGCAUGGCAUUUGCAUGUGCAAAAAAUCCAGGUAGUCAGUAUUGGGCGCCUUGAAAGCUACCGCAAGGAUUGGCGUCCAGUGGAACUUGAAUGGGUCAAUGAUGGUUCCUGGAAGGUCGUAUGUGAUGGAACUGAGUGAGCCACACUAGACUUUGAUUCCUGAAUGUUCCCUCGUGUACGGCUGCAGCAUGAGUCAGAAAAAGCGGAAAAA